UUCGUGCUUCCCAACCCAGACACCACAGGAAUCUCACCGUCUUUUUGCGCAUCAAAAAAAAAUAAAUAGUGCCAUUAUAAUUAUUAAGUUAUAAGCUCGCGUUAGUCCGAGCACUUGAUAAAUAGUUAUAUUAUAUAUAUAAAUACGAACCGAUUGAUGAUUUGUCUCUGAAUCUGUUGUGCAAUAAUUCUUUUCUUUACAACAUGAAGUUCUCCAUGAUUAUUUGUGUCUGCUGGCUGGUUAUUUCAGUAUCAGGUCAACCAGCAGAUAAAAUUGACUCAACAAAAAACGUCGUCAGAACUUCAGAUACUUAUCCUCCGGAACCUGCCCCUGAUACUAAUAAUACAACUACCGUAAAACCUACUCCAGAACCAACUCCUCCAGGUCCAGAGCCAACUCCUCCAGGUCCAGAACCAACUCCGACGCCAAAUACAACUACAACAGAACCGACAACAACAACAACAGCGAAAACAACAACGACGACAACGACAUUGGCACCAAAUACUACGACGUCAACGACUACGACGACUACUGCAACACCGCCAACUCCAGCACCGACACCUGGUCCAGCACCAGCUCCAAAGUCUGGAAAAUGGAUCGUCAAUGGCACAAACCACACAUGCAUUGUCGUUAAAAUGGCUGCGCAGUUUAACGUGACAUACCUAAACAAAGAUAAUAAAAAUGUAUCGCAGCUAAUAACAUUGCCGAGUGAUAACAUGACCACGAACGCCAGCGGAGAUUGCGGAGCUAAUGAGCAGUUUAUUAUGAUCUCGUGGAAUUCUACAGUAGCUUUCAAUGAUUCUCUAGUCUUGCAUUUCAACAAAAAUGGAACCAAGUACUCGUUGCAUCACAUUGAGACAUACUUGGCACCUGCGGAAUUACCCAAUUAUCAAUACAGCACGACAUUGAUGCUGAUGCACAACACAAGUGAAUACCCAAUAGCUGUGAGCAAUUCAUACAGAUGUGCUAAGGCGGUUAAAUUAAAUCUUAAUUCAAAUGUACCAAACACAACAGCUGUACUUGAAAUAUCUGAUCUACAGUUCCAAGCUUUCAGAAGCGACAACACUACAACAUUUGGAUUUGCUGAAGACUGCGCUUUCGAAACUCAAGACGUCGUACCAAUAGCUGUAGGCUGUGCUUUGAUAGCUCUUGUAAUAAUUGUCCUGGCUGCUUAUCUCGUCGGCCGUCGACGUAGUCAGGCACGCGGAUACCGUAGUAUGUAAAAUAUAACGUAAUUACUUGGUUAAAUUACUACCAAAAUCGAAGUUUUUUCUUUUUUAUUAUUUUUUCAUAAAUCAAAUUAAUUUUUCUAUUGUCAAGAUUUAAAAUCUUGUUUAUUAUUAUCAUUAUAAUUAUUAUAACUACAAUCAUAAUUAUUAUUUUUUUGUUUCAUUUAUGUGAUUAUUUUAUAAAUUUAAGCGAAUUUAUUAAUUGUAAAGGUAAAUUUUUGUAUAUUUACCACUGUAUCCUCAAUCAUGAUUACUUUAUUUUAUUUU